GGAGGGGGGGACUAUGGUAGACCCCGAAUGGACGACAGGCGUCGACGAGACGACCGUUUUGGAAACUGGCGAGAUCGCAGCCCGUCAGUAUCUCCCCGUCGUAGAGCACCCUCAAUUCAUGCACCACGGUCAGACCAUCGUCGGUCAAGGUCGCCAACUCGUUCACAAUCUCCUCGUCGACGUGACAUUCGACAACGGUCACGUACGCAUUCUCAAACCUCUAAAAGUGCAUCUCGCACGACUUCACCUCGAAGCAGAGGACAGCUGUAUUCUCAUCCAACAUCUGUGGUAUCACGAUCUCCGGCUCACAUAGGUCACGAGGGGACUCGUCACCACGAACACGAGGGUAGUGGAAAACCACAGCGUUAUAGCAGGAGUAUUAGCCGUCCCCGCGAUGCACCACCAUUCUUAGACCAGGA